GUCGUGAACGCGCACCGUGAGGACUGCUGUUGCUAUGAUGCAAUGGCGACUGCGCCGUGGGAAGCGAGCGAGGAGUUGAAUGAGUUUCCUCCACAGUUGAGGACACACAGCCGCCGACAGUCCUUGUGGGGAGCCGACAGCCGCGGACACAGCGAUAGAAGCCUUUCCGGACUCUGUGCAUGGCAACACGGAUCCAGUCACGUUUUGUGGCAUUGUCCUCAUCGCCUCAGCGGACCGCAUCGUACUGGACCACCAUGGCUGAGAGAACCUCCGCCGGGUUGCUCUCAAUGAUGCUGGAACCCACGCCGGCGGUCGCGAUGACCCUUCCGGCGGAGGUCCGGGAGAAGCUGGCGGAGCUGGAGCUGGAGCUGUCUGAAGGAGACAUCACUCAGAAGGGCUAUGAGAAAAAAAGAAGCAAGCUGCUGGCGCCCUACAUCCCACAGAUACAAGGCGUAGAUCCAUCUUUGCAAAUUGACAACAGGAUCCAGGCCUCCUCCCAAGUUGUUCUACCAGUUUCCAAACACAACAAGUCCCGGGCUGGCAAUGCCCGUGAUGAGCGCUUCAGAUCUGAUCUGCACACAGAGGCCGUCCAAGCUGCUUUGGCAAAGUACAAAGAGAGGAAAAUGCCAAUGCCCUCGAAGAGACGAUCUGUAUUAGUUCAGUCUUCAGUCGAGGCGUGCACCCCACCUGACACCUCCUCAGCGUCAGAAGAUGAGGGCUCACUGCGACGGCAGGGACGCCUAGCCACAUCCACGCCCUAUCAGGGUCACAGCCACGCAGCAGUCGAGCACUGGUUCAACCGGGUCAUCCAGGGCUCGUCCACCUCCUCCUCAGCCUCAUCCACCUCAUCCCACCCAGGAGGCAGAUCUGUCACCAACAGCGCCGCUCACGCUGCCCUCAACGCCAACGCCACUGCGACCGCGCUAGCAGACCUCAUGGCACACACCCAGCUGGAUAACCACUCAGCACCCCCCGACGUGACGGGGUUGUCCGAGCGCUCCUCGAUUCACCUGGAGCGGCCCCAGGUGGGCUCGGUGCGAGGCGUUUCCCGCAGCUACAACCACCAUGCCAGCAUGAUGGAGACCGCAGAUGGCUGUGAGUGGGGAGGUGACGGAUCCCUGACUUUAAUCGAUGGUGUUCCUGUCAACAGUCGUGUCUCCAACAAAAUCCAGCAGCUGCUCAAUACAUUAAAGAGACCAAAGCGUCCACCAUUACGUGAAUUCUUUGUUGACGACUUCGAGGAGCUUUUAGAUGUCCAGCAGCCCGAUCCCAACCAGCCCAGGCCAGAGGGCCAGCAGAUGAGCCCCCUGGAGGGAGAGCCUCUCGGGGUGGCCACCAACUGGCCUCCUUCUCUGCCAGCAGCCCUGCAAAGGUGGGCCACCACUCAUCCAAAGAACCCCUGUCUGACAGCACUCGAUAACGCCGGCAAGCCCGUCUACACACUCACCUACGGCAAACUUUGGACCCGCAGUCAGAAACUGGCCUACACUUUGCUAAACAAGCUGAGCAGCAGAAAUGAGCCUUUGCUAAUGCCUGGAGACAGAGUUGCGCUCGUUUUCCCCAACAAUGACCCCAUGAUGUUCAUGGUGGCCUUCUACGGCUGCCUCCUGGCAGAGCUGGUCCCUGUGCCUAUUGAAGUCCCGCUGACCAGAAAGGAUGCAGGCAGUCAGCAGAUUGGCUUUCUGUUGGGCAGCUGCGGGGUCACGCUGGCACUGACCACUGAUGCUUGUCAGAAAGGCCUGCCCAAAGCACAAACAGGGGAGGUUGUCACUUUCAAAGGCUGGCCACGGCUGCUUUGGUUCGUGACAGAUGGAAAGCAUGUUGUGAAGCCUCCGAAAGACUGGCACCCGCCAGUACGGGAAGCCAGCAUUGACAUCGCUUAUAUAGAAUAUAAAACAAGCAAAGAGGGAAGCACCAUGGGAAUAACCGUGUCCCAUUCAGCCAUGCUGGCUCACUGUCAGGCCCUCACACAGGCCUGCGGCUACACAGAAGGUGAAACUAUCACGAAUGUUCUGGACUUUAAACGCGAAGCAGGAUUAUGGCAUGGUGUCCUCACGAGCGUCAUGAAUCGGAUGCACGUGAUCAGCAUUCCCUACUCCUUGAUGAAAGUCAACCCUCUGUCCUGGAUACAGAAGGUUCACAUGUACAAAGCGCGGGUAGCGGUGGUGAAGUCGAGGGACAUGCACUGGUCUCUGCUGGCCCAGAGAGACCAGAGAGACAUCAGUCUGAGCUCACUACGGAUGCUGAUCGUGGCAGAUGGCGCUAACCCCUGGUCGAUAUCAUCCUGCGACGCCUUCCUCAAUGUGUUUCAGGCACGUGGGCUGCGACCUGAGGUGAUCUGCCCAUGUGCCUGCUCCUCAGAAGCAAUGACUGUCGCCAUCCGGAGACCUCCAGAGAUGGGUGUUCCUCCUCCAGGCAAAGCAGUGCUGUCCAUGAGCGGACUGAGUCACGGUGUGAUCCGAGUGGACACAGAGGAGAAACUCUCUGUCCUCACAGUUCAGGAUGUGGGCCAGGUCAUGCCUGGAGCUGUCGUCUGCGUGGUGCGAGUGGAGGGAACACCUUUUCUCUGCCAGACAGACGAGGUUGGAGAGAUCUGCGUGAGCUCAGGCAGCUCUGGUUUAGCGUACUACGGUCUCCCAGGCAUGACCAAGAACAUCUUUGAGACGAUCCCAGUAAAACCAUCUGGAGUUUCCAUCAGUGACAGACCUUUCAUCAGAACCUCCCUGCUGGGCUUUGUGGGGCCAGACAACCUUGUGUUUGUUGUUGGGAAGAUAGACGGCCUCAUGGUCGUCAGUGGGCGGAGACACAAUGCAGAUGAUGUGGUUGCCACGGCGCUGGCUGUAGAGCCCAUGAAGUUUGUGUACAGGGGAAGGAUAGCAGUAUUUUCAGUGUCGGUCCUGCAUGAUGAGAGGAUCGUUGUGGUGGCCGAGCAGAGGCCAGACGCCUCAGAGGAGGACAGCUUCCAGUGGAUGAGCCGAGUCCUCCAGGCCAUUGACAGCAUCCACCAGGUUGGGGUGUACUGCCUCGCUCUCGUUCCUGCCAACACUCUUCCGAAAGCUCCUUUGGGCGGCAUCCACAUAUCUGAGACUAAGCAGCGUUUCCUGGAGGGCGCCCUGCAUCCCUGCAACGUCCUCAUGUGUCCUCACACAUGUGUCACCAACCUGCCCAAACCAAGACAAAAGCAACCAGAGGUUGGUCCUGCCUCUAUGAUAGUGGGCAACCUGGUGGCAGGCAAGAGGAUAGCACAAGCCUGUGGGAGAGACCUGGGGCAGCUCGAGGACAAUGACCAGGCACGUAAGUUCCUCUACAUCCAGGAUGUGCUGCAGUGGAGAGCUCAGGCCACUCCGGAUCACCCUCUGUUCCUCGUUCUCAAUUCAAAGGGCACAGUGGCCAGCACAGCUUCCUGUCUGCAGCUGCACAAGCGUGCAGAGCGCGUGGCAGCAGCUCUGAUUGGACGCCUCAACACCGGGGACCAUGUAGCACUCGUCUACCCACCGGGAAUCGACCUGAUUGCAACCUUCUAUGGCUGCCUGUAUGCUGGGUGCGUCCCCGUCACAGUUAGACCUCCACACCCCCAGAACCUGGCCACCACUCUGCCGACUGUCAAGAUGAUUGUUGAGGUCAGUAAGUCGGUGUGUAUCCUGACAACUCAAGCAAUAAUGAAGCUACUGAAAUCCAAAGAGGCUACAGCAGCUGUGGACAUCAAGAGCUGGCCCACUGUAAUGGACACUGAUGACCUCCCCAGGAAGAAGUGUCCUCAGACAUACAAGCCCUCCACACCAGAGAUGCUGGCUUACCUGGACUUCAGUGUCUCCACAACUGGGAUCCUGGCAGGAGUCAAAAUGUCUCAUUCUGCCACCAGUGCCUUGUGUCGCUCCAUCAAGCUGCAGUGUGAGCUCUACCCAUCCCGGCAAAUCGCCAUCUGCCUGGACCCCUACUGCGGCCUGGGCUUGGCUCUCUGGUGCCUGUGCAGUGUUUACUCCGGCCACCAGUCGAUCCUCGUUCCUCCUCUCGAGCUGGAGAGUAAUGCUUCUCUGUGGCUUUCCGCUGUCAGCCAGUACAAAGUUCGCGUCACCUUCUGCUCAUAUUCAGUCAUGGAGAUGUGCACCAAGGGUCUGGGCUCACAGACAGAAGCUCUGCGGUUGCGAAAUGUGAAUCUGUCCUGUGUGCGGACAUGCAUGGUGGUGGCGGAGGAAAGGCCUCGGAUCACCCUCACUCAGACCUUCUCGAAGAUCUUCAAGGACUUGGGGCUCUCACCGCGAGCUGUCAGCACCACCUUCGGCUGCAGAGUGAACAUAGCAAUCUGUUUGCAGCCCAACAGGUUAGGGAAACUGGCUGAGCAGGGAACAUCUGGACCAGAUCCCACCACCGUUUAUGUGGAUAUGCGAGCUCUGCGACAUGACAGGGUUCGCCUUGUGGAGAGAGGAUCCCCUCACAGUCUGCCCCUGAUGGAGUCUGGGAAGAUUCUGCCUGGAGUAAAAGUGGUCAUUGCCAACACAGAGACGAAAGGACCUUUAGGAGACUCACAUCUAGGAGAGAUCUGGGUGAGCAGUCCUCACAACGCCACAGGCUACUACACGGUUUACGGGGAAGAGGCGCUGCAUGCUGACCACUUUAACACCAAGCUCAGCUUCGGAGACACCCAGACCAUCUGGGCAAGAACCGGUUAUCUGGGCUUCCUGCGACGCACCGACCUCACCGACGCCAGUGGAGAGCGCCACGAUGCGCUCUAUGUGGUGGGCUCUCUUGACGAGACUCUGGAGCUGAGGGGAAUGAGGUAUCACCCCAUCGACAUCGAGACCUCCGUUAUCCGUUCUCACAAGAGCAUAGCCGAAUGCGCGGUGUUCACAUGGACCAACCUCCUGGUGGUAGUGGUAGAGCUGGAGGGAUCCGAGCAGGAGGCCCUGGACCUGGUGGCCUUGGUGACAAACGUUGUCCUGGAGGAGCACUACCUCAUCGUGGGAGUAGUGGUUGUUGUUGACCGCGGUGUAAUCCCCAUCAACUCCAGAGGGGAGAAGCAGCGGAUGCAUCUCAGAGACGGUUUCCUGGCCGACCAGCUGGAUCCUAUUUAUGUGGCGUACAACAUGUGAGGGGCCCGUCUACCAGAGGGUUGCCCCCUCCUGUGUCUUGUUUUUUUUUUUUUUUGUCCCACUCCUGGAGACAGCAGAACAUGAAUGCCUUGUGUGACCAAGGCGUAGAGUGACUCUUGCUCUUCAACACAAGGCAUGAGACCAAAACAGGGAUACAAGACUUAGGAAAAAAAAAAAAAGAAUCCCAGCAGAUAUGAGACUGACACAAACCUCAUGUCUGUUCCCCUUGUGGAUUUUGUGCAUCAGCAAAUAAUAUUUUAAAGGGCAUUUUUAUUUUACUGCUGUGAGUUUUGGAUGUAUAUCAUAACUCUGGACUCGUCAAUCCCAGGUGCAGCACAGCAGGAGGAUUAUAGUACGGCACUACGGCGUGCCAAUGGAUGUAAUUUAUUUUGUUACGCUCGGAAUGGAUGGAUGUUCAGCGUGUGCUCAUGGCAGCACACCAAGCGACAUUCAAACUACAUGUCCAGAGCUUUUUGUGUUACAGGUCCAACACUUUUCAUGGAAAACGCAUCCUAGCAUUACAGCUGUUCUCUUAAUUUAUGCCCACAUUAUGAAUAUGCGUUGAUGAAGGAGCUUUUAAAAUGAUAAAAUAAAUAUGAUGAGGCUACUGCACUCCCUCGUAUUAUCUGGUGGAUAUAGCAGCAUAACUCAUUUGAAACUACACUAAAAAAUAAACCACUAGCAAACCUUUUGUUUGAAUAAGAAAAUAUCCUACAAAUUUAUUUUUAAAGUAGCUUUGUGAUACGAUAGAGGUGUGACAGUCAGAGGUCGUCACACCUCUGCCAUUGUGACUCGAAUUUGUGGAUUUGCGAAAGUUGAGACUUCCCAGGAUUUCAUCAGGUCGUUGAUGGCUGUGUCUUCACUUGGACUCAAGGCAUCUGACUUGAAAAUAUUAAUCAAUGGAAGCGAACCUGGUGUGCAAAGCAGCCUGCUAUGCAGGUCUGAUCUUCCCUCAAUAUUUUCUCCAUGGCUUGCUGCAACAUUCCAAGUGGUUUUAUGGUUAGAAAUUCUCUUGUAAAUUCAGUGCUGAGUACCUCAACACCUGCUGAUCUGCUGGGAUUUUCACACACUGCUAUCCCACAGAAAAACAGUGGAACAGAAAAUCAGAGUUGACAUCAGAGGUCAGAAGAGAAUAGUGUUUGGCUCACAUCGCAGAGCAACUCACAUCAGGUAACUUUUUUUUUUUUUUGUCGCCAACCUUCAGAUGAUGUCGAGUGCAUUUGCUGAUUCCAUCUCAUCGCUUUCUACAUCCUGACAUGUAAAAUAGUGACUGAUUAGUUUUAACAUGUGAUACAUGUGAUGUGAAAGAUGCAGCUCUCUGAAUGAUUUAAUUCCCAAAGUGCUAAUUAGUUUAAAUCAAAAGAUGGACAGGAGCAGGAUUGUGAUUGUGGAUUUCUGUUAGCCGUGAGCUAAAGGACACAAAUGAAGCCUUAAGUGUUUUUAAGACGCCUGCUUAUAUUCCAGCUUAGUUUGUCAGCAGUGUGAUGGAGUGUGAAUAUGCAGAUUGAAGCUGGUGUUUAUGACAGGUGUUUUACGUUUUAGAUUAAUAUAGUUAUACUUGAUACAAACAUCAGCCACCGCAAACAUGCUGAAGCAUUUCUAUGAUUGAAAGUGGGUUUUACAGAAGGUGAAUAAAAUCAUUUCCGGUAGGCAUAGCUGUUGUCUUACCCUAAUUUUCCUGUGCCGUAAGGUUAAAUGAAAGUUUGAUCUGCAAAUGCACAAUAUAGAUUCACUGUCUAAUAUCCUCAUGUCACCCUGUUUGUUGCUCCUUUGAAUUUUAAAGUUUCUUCAGUGACAAACUCCAGCCUUGUAAGUAUGUACAGAUUUUGUGUAAAUUAUUUUUGAUGAGGCGGCAACAGGAAACUCCAAAUAAAGACUAAUUCUGGUAUAUCUGUGAAUUCCUCACUCGUGUACAAAAGCAGUUUGUCACGUGGGAUGCCUUGCAAAGAUUUCUUCGGUGGGGAUGGAUACUUCAGAGAUGAGGUGAUCAAAACGCCAGCACAAAGAGAAGACAGUGAAACUGCAGGGAUGUUGCAUAAGUCAGAGCAAAGUUUUGUGGUGAUGUACAGGAAGAUAAAAUUAUCUAAGUCAGUUGUCAUUAUUUUCAUAACAUGAUUUGAUAAUAAAAAAUAAAACAAAAAGUA